GGGAUCCCUAGUAAUACAAAGGGAUCCACGAGAGACUAGAGGAGGUGCUGAGCGUACAUCUACACACAAAGGACAAUGAUUUCCAAAUGGAUCCUGCUAAUAUUGAUAGUGUCCAGUGUGGUCCUACUAACCAGUGCCCAAAUCAGUUUCUCCACGAGCUGGGGCAGUGGUAAACGUACAGCCUACAACGAGCCCGUGAACCCUAAAAGCAUCAACCUUGACAGCACGUGCAUGAGUAGGACGGAACCGGAAGUCCUAAUGGAACUGGUAAAAGCAAUACAGAAACAAACCGAGCGCGUGAUAGAGUGCCUCAUGGAAUCCAAACCCGUAAAACAAAGACAAAGAUCAAUCCACUACUCGUGACAGCGAUAACCUUCCGCGGGAUAAGAAAGUCCAAUUUAAUGUUAAUGCAUUUUUCAUAAAAUAAUAUACAGAAA